UUUGGUGAAGCCCCUUUGUCUGUGAAGAAGGCAAACGGCCCAGAUCUUAUAUGUGAGAGAGAGAGCAAGCAAUUGCUUGCCAUCCACGAGCUUCUGAAUCCAAUCUACUCGACAUCGCCGCCCGCCUGCGACGCCGAUGGGCUCCGACGCGCCGCCUCCGUCACUCCCCCCGCCGACGAAGUACUUCUGGGGCGACGAGCCCGGAGAGGACGAGUACUACGCGUCGCAGGGCGUCCGCAACCGGCAAUCCUACUUCCAGAGCCCCCACGGCCGUCUCUUUACCCAAUCCUUCCACCCCAUCGACCCCGCCACCAGGGCCGACCGCCCCGUCAAGGCUCUCGUCUUCAUGAGCCACGGCUACGGCUCGGACACCGGCUGGCUCUUCCAGAAGAUCGCCAUCGCCUACGCCAACUGGGGCUACGCCGUUUACUGCGCCGACCUCCUUGGCCACGGCCGCUCCGACGGCAUCCGCUGCUACCUCGGCGACAUGGAGGCCGUCGCGGGCGCAUCCUUGUCCUUCUUCGUCUCGGUGCGCCGGGAGUCGCCCGGCCUGCCGGCCUUCCUCUUCGGCGAGUCCAUGGGCGGCGCCGCCACCCUCCUGAUGUACCUCCGCUCCGACCCGGGCACCUGGACGGGACUCAUCUUCUCCGCCCCGCUCUUCGUCAUCCCGGACGACAUGAAACCGUCCCGCCUCCACCUCUUCCUCUACGGCCUCCUCUUCGGGCUGGCCGACACCUGGGCGGCCAUGCCGGACAACAAGAUGGUGGGCAAGGCCAUCAAGGACCCGGACCGACUCCGGGUCAUCGCCUCCAACCCGCGGCGCUACACGGGGCGCCCCCGGGUGGGCACCAUGAGGGAGCUCGCCCGCCUCUGCGACUACUUCAAGACCCAAUUCCGCGGGGUCACGGCGCCCUUCCUGACGGUGCACGGCACCGAAGACGGGGUCACCUCGCCGGAGGGGUCGAAGACGUUCUACGAGAUGGCAUCGAGCGCGGACAAGAAGCUGAUCAUGUACGAGGGGAUGUACCACUCGCUGAUCCAGGGGGAGCCGGAGGAGAACAGCAGCCGGGUCCUGGCGGACAUGAGGGCAUGGAUCGACGAGCGCGUCGAGCGGUACGCAGGCGCGGCGAUGAAUUGAGACGAAGGACUCCGGUGACCGCCGCCGACAGGUGAACGCCAAUAACGAUAAGAGUACACAAAUUAUUGUAUCUGUGGUUGGGUUCGGUCUAUUUGUUUUACGAGUAGUUAUUCUUCACUUGAUAUUAAGUUGAUAAUUGAUGUGGUUAGUGCUUGCGGAAUCGUUUGACCAAAACACUAAAUCCACUCCAAUGUGGUUGUCUUAGUCAAAUCAGCCUCCAUGAAAAUUCAACGGUGGAUUCAAUUCCAUUA